AUGCAAUUUUGUCAGGAUCUCCUAGAUGACUGCACUACUGGUAGUGGCUCUGGUCUUCCAUUCCUUGUACAGAGAACUGUGGCUCGACAGGUGACACUCGUGGAAUGUGUAGGUAAGGGGCGAUAUGGGGAAGUAUGGAGAGGCACAUGGCAGGGGGAAAACGUGGCCGUAAAGAUAUUCUCUUCUCGAGAUGAACAGUCAUGGUUCAGAGAAACAGAAAUUUACAACACAGUCUUACUACGUCAUGAAAAUAUCUUGGGAUUCAUUGCAUCAGACAUGACAUCUCGAAACUCCAGCACCCAACUUUGGCUGAUCACUCAUUACCAUGACAAUGGAUCACUAUAUGACUACCUUCAGAGGAACACUGUUGACCCUGAAGGUUGUUUACAACUUGCAGUGUCAAUCAUUUGUGGGCUGGUGCACCUUCAUGUGGAAAUAUUUGGCACUCAAGGAAAACCCGCUAUUGCACACAGAGAUCUGAAGAGCAGAAAUAUCUUGGUGAAAGCCAACAAACAAUGCUGCAUUGCAGACUUGGGUCUUGCAGUGAUACACUCUCAGAAUAGUGAUUAUCUUGACAUUGGUAAUAACCCUAGAGUUGGUACCAAACGUUACAUGGCUCCAGAGGUCCUCGAUGAGACCAUUCGAACAGACUCAUUUGAAUCUUAUAAACAGACAGAUGUGUGGGCCUAUGGAUUGGUUGUGUGGGAAAUUUGCAGGAGGACCAUUAUAAAUGGUAUGGUAGAAGACUACAGGCCUCCCUUCUAUGAUGUUGUUCCACAUGAUCCUAGUUUUGAGGACAUGAAGAAAGUUGUCUGUGUUGAUCAACAGAGACCAAAUAUUCCUAACACAUGGUGUUUAGAUAAAGUGUUAUCAGCGCUUACAAAGAUCACGAGGGAAUGCUGGUAUCAUAGUCCAUCAGCGAGACUUACAGCUCUGAGGAUCAAGAAAACAUUAAACAACCUGAAAAAUUCAUUGGAACAAAGAAAACAGGAAUGUUAA